AAAUGCAUCGUUGGAAAUCCAAAUGGAGUGAGGCACAGGGAAGGGGUACUGGCAAUGCAUCGAUGACUUUCCCCUCCUUUGCGGCAGGCACCUCAUCACAAAAAGCUAAAGCCGGACCCGACAGCUGCAUUGCGUGUGGCACCGACAACAUGCCUCGAACGAAAUCGUUACUUCAGAUUGGUCAAUUAGCCGCAGAUGUGUGGAUAUGCUUAGAAAUUUAUUGCCAGCUACGAACAUGUCAAAGAUAUAAUAACGGAUUUUAUGCGGUCAUAAAGAGUAUACUUGCUGGAAAAACCUUGGUAUUAGGCCUAUGGAUAUCGUUCUCUGGUUCUUUAUAUGCGCUCGCUUAAACAACUAUCAGAAAACCAGACCUAACCCAACCCAAGUGAUUUACGUAUGCGAGGCGGGGUUUGGCGGUGGCAGGCGGCUGGCUGGGCAAGUGCCGAAAAACUCGUUUUGGAGUCCACUUCAAGAACUGGAGCAAGCUGCUCGAGUAUCCAUCCACUGUUAUAUUCCAGCAUCUCUAGCUCCAUCAGGUUUUUUGCUCUUUUUCUAUUUUUGAAUUGAGCACACAGCUGGCUCAAAACAAAAAAAAAAAAACAAAAAAAGAAGGAAAAUACUGUGGGCCAAAAAAAAAAAAAUAUAUAUCG